CAACCCCGCUGGCGCCGCCGUCCUGCCGGGGCCGGAGUUGGGGGGAUGUCCUUGGCCUUCCCUGUGGGCCGGAGGCAAAUCCCCUGCCUGUCCUUCUUGCUUCCUGCCCCAGGCCCCGAGCUGAGGACGGAGAGCCCGGAGGACAAAUCCCCCCGUGAGACCCUGGUGGGAGAGGCCGUUUUGAAGGGCUCCCCGGCGCAGGAAGGCAGCGGGGAGGAAAAGGGCCGGAGAUCCCCCCGCAGGAGGGGCUCCAAAGCCAUCCCAGGGUGCUCUGAGGAGGAAAGAGCCAGCCUGUGCCAGGAAGGCGGCCGGAGCUUGAGGGGGAGCUCUGACCUGGUGGUCCCUGAUCAGCCUCCCAGCAGGGAGAAGCCCUUCAGGUGCUUGGAAUGUGGGAAGAGCUUCAGUAGGAGCAGCACCCACCUCCUCACCCACCAGCACAUCCACACUGGAGAAUGUCCUUACACGUGUGGGGAAUGUGGGAAGAGCUUCAGUGACAGGUCCACCCUCCUCAGCCACCAGCACAUCCACACUGGGGAACGGCCCUACAAGUGUAGGGAAUGUGGAAAGAGCUUCAGUAAAAGCUCUACCCUCCUAACCCACCAGCACAUCCACACGGGGGGACGACCCUACACAUGUAGGGAAUGUGGGAAGAGCUUCAGCCAGAGCUCCACCCUCCGCACCCACCAACGCAUUCACACUGGGGAACGGCCCUACAAGUGCUUGGAAUGUGGGAAGAGGUUUCAGACCAGCUCAUAUCUCCUCCUGCAUGAGCGGACACACACAGAUGAGAGGCCCUUCUGCUGCACUGACUGCGGGAAGGGCUUCAACCGGAACUCCACCCUCGUCAGGCACCGGCGCAUCCACACCGGGGAGAGGCCCUACAAGUGUGGGGAGUGUGGGAAGAGCUUCACCCAGAGCUCUAAUUUGACUAAACACCAACGGACCCACCAGUAAGAGAAACUCUACCAGUGCCCCGACUUGUUUGGCUGCUGCUUCCACCCCGAAUGAACCCC